UCUAUCCCACUAUAUCUACGCUUUUCUUGCUACCAUGGGAUAACAUGUGGACAUGUGUGCUGUGAGAUCACAAGAAGCCAGGAAACGAGUGCACCGUUGCGCCCAAUACAUCGAUUCCUCGAUCCGAUAAGCUCUAAGCAGCGAUCAAGGCGUACAUGGCGUACAUGGCGUACAGGGCUCGAAAGAAGUUGGACGAAAACGGUAUGGAGGUUGACGAAAACACCACAGAAAUUGAUGAGAACGCCAUGGACAUCGACGAGAACCAGCCCGAAGUACCGGAAGAAUUUUUGAAUGCGCUCAAAGUAAGUUGGCUAUUCCAUCUUUUGCCUGUUGUUCAGGAAGAGAACCAUAUAUUAACGGGAAAUCAGGGUAGUUCGCGUAAGGCAGCAGGCGGCCCGAAGGCGAUGUGCGAAGCCUGCCAGAUUUUCAAGUCUUCUCUCAAGUUUGACGAUGAAUGGAAGUUCGCCAUUUGGGCUCUUGAACAAAUUGACGAGCGGUUUCCAGAUAAGUUGGACUUGACCAUGUCCCCUCUCCCGUCAAGAAAACUGGAAAUAUUGGGAGGUAGGCGUCUUACGGAUGGAAACGUUCCUCUUCCUGCUUCGGACGGUUCAUCCUCAGGUUCCGAUACCGAGUAGCUUGCCUCGUCUGGUUCUGGUUUGUGGGGUUGGUGUUCUGGCUUUGGGAGUGGCGGUGGCGGAGGCAAAAACAGCAUUCAGCG